CCCUGGCCCGGGUAUGGAGAGGUGGCCUGGGGUGGCCGGCUGCCAGGAGGUGGUAGGGGCAGGGUGGGGCGAUCCCAGCAUCACCGCCUUCCCUGGCAAGCAGCUUUUCAGCAAUCACAGCUGAAACUUAAACAAACCAUAAAGCCUGCGCGCUGGCACUGUGUGGCUGGGCCCUAUGGCAGACGUGGGUGCAUGGAGGUGCCGAGGACAGGGUAAGUGCUUCAUCUCCGCUUCGUCCCCCACGGCCUCUCUGGUCCCUCAUGGGCACCUCCUGCCUGGCCCCCCACCCCACUGCUCCCGGAACUCCCCAUCCCUCCCCGGUGCUCUCCCAUAGUUCUUUCCUUCCGGGCAGGAGCUGGCAGGUGCCUGCUGGAGCUGCCACGAUGGAGCUGGGGAAUGUUUCACAGCCCACGUACAGCCCUGGCCCUGAAGCGCCGGGGAGCAGCAUGCCGGGCCUGGUGGGGAUGGUGCACGGCUUCCUGCGGCUGGUGCAGCCCAACGCCCUGCCCAUAGAACUGAUCGCAGAUUUUGGGCAGUCUCAGAGUGAGGAGGCCAUCGGGGAGCAAGUCCAGGAGCUGCUGCUCUACGAACUGGGUUUCCUGGUCUGCAUGGCCAUCGGGCUCCUCUUCAUCAUCCUCGUGCCCCUGGUGGGAUGCUGCUUCUGCUGCUGCCGCUGCUGCGGGAACUGCGGGGGCCGCAUGUACCAGAAGCAGGGCCGGCGGAUGGGCUGCCGGCGCCGGGUGCUCUGGGCCUGUGUCCUGCUGGUCUCUGCUCUCCUCCUGGCCGGCGACAUCUGUGCCUUCGUCAGCAACACCCGCUUCUCCCAGGCUGUGUGUGGAACCUUCCCCAACGUCAACAACACCCUGGACAAUGUCCGCAUCUACGCGGCCUCCAUCCCCCAGCAAAUCAAUUUUGUCAUCGACAGCAGCGACGUCCCACUGGGUCACGCCAACCGCAGCCUCCAGGACAUUGGGCCCAACCUGGGUGGCAUGAUCGUCUUGGGCAUCAGGAGGAGCACGGAUGGGGCUCUGGGAUCCCUCCAGAGCCUCUUGCAAGGGAUGGAGACACUGGCGGCCGCCUUUGGCAGCAUCGCCAGCACUCGCUUGCGCCUCGAGGAGCUGCAGAGAAACUACAGCCGGCGGCUGGCCAGCCUGCAGGACGGCCUCAACCAGACCCUGCAGCGCUGCGGCCACCCCUGCGGCAGCGUGUCCCUGGACGGCCUCGCCUUCAGCGCCAACUUCAGCACGAUCCCCGGUGUGGAGCGGCAGCUGGAGGUACUAGGUGAUGUGUCUGGCUCCAACAUAGCAUCCGAUUUAGAGAAGGUUAACAGCACGCUGGACAUGACCCCUGCCAAGGUGCAAGAGCAGUCCCAGGACGUGGUGACAAAGACCCAGGACCAGCUGGGCCUCAUCAGACAGGAGAUCAGAAGCUGGCAGGAGCAGUUGCCGCUCCUGGAAGUGGAGGAGAAUAUUGGGGCCUUUGUGGGCAACGCCACAUCGGUGCUGGAGGAGUACAGGGAGCCGAUCAUCACCUUGGAUAGGCUCAGGUGGAGCAUAUGUGUCCUCCUGUGCUGCAUGGUGCUGCUGGUGGUCCUCUGCAACGUCUUUGGGCUGCUGCUGGGGCCCUUGGGGCUGAAGGAAAGUGUGCUGCCCACGCAGCGCAGCAGCCUCUCCAAUGCCGGCGGGAACUUCUUCAUGGCAGGGGUCGGCUUCAGCUUCAUCUUCUCCUGGCUGCUGAUGCUGUUGGUGCUGAUCACCUUUGUGCUGGGGGGGAACAUCUACAUGCUCAUCUGCGAGUCCUGGCGCAGCCAGCAGCUCUUCCAGCUCCUGGACACUCCUGGCCUGAUCCUUGGCUUCAACCUGUCAGAGCUGCUGGGCCAGGAGGGUGGCACAGCAAACUUCUCGGAGAUGUACAGGCAGUGCCAGCAAGACACUGCCCUGUGGCAAACACUGCACCUGGACCAGACCGUGUCCCUGGACGAACUCUUGAACAUCAGCCAGUACACAGGAGAGAUCUCCACGGCCUUCGAGAAGAUGAAUAUCACCCUGAGCCCCAUCUCCCUUCUCAGCCAAAGCCAGAGAGACUUGCUGCUGAAUGCCAGCCAGACUGGGCAGCCCCCUGACUUCACCCUCACCCUGGAGCAGCUGGAUCAGAACGUGACCCAGGGAAGCCUCCUGGAUCUGGCCACAGAGCUGGAGCAGCUGGCAGACAAAGGCACGGAUGUGAAAGAGGACCUGAAGGCUGAUGCUCGCAAGCUGAGGGAGCUGGACAAGGAGAUGCAGAUGAGCUUCUCUGGACUGCUGCAAAGCCUGAAGGAGAACAUCCACUCGGUGCAGAGUAGGGCUGCCCAGCUCAAGGCACAGACAAAAGCUGCGCUGGACAAAGCCAGAGAAACCCAGGAGUUCCUGGACAGGGAGAUGGCAAACAUCAUCAAGAAUGACACACGGGCCUUCCUGGAGGAGCUGUUGGACUUCUUUGAGACCUACAUCUCCUGGGCCAAGAGCAGGCUGACAGGAGACGUGGCACGUUGCAAGCCCAUAGCUCAGACCCUGGAUAAUGUGGAGGCCAUCACCUGCAACUACAUCCUGGACUCUCUGAACACCUUCUGGUUCAGCCUGGGCUGGUGCACCUUCUUCCUGCUGCCCAGCAUCAUCCUGGCCGUCAGACUUGCCAAGUUUUACCGCCGCAUGGACACCGCCGAUGUCUACAGGAAUGAAACCUUGGAGAUGCCACCUACAUUCAACUUCUACAAAAUCCCCCGACCAUCCACAAGGCAUUAGCCCCCCGUUGCCCAGGCACAGAGGAGAUGGACAAGGCUGCUUCAUCUGCUGCGCCUUUUCCCUGGGCACUAGGGAGCAGGUUGGGACCCUCCGGCUGAAAUCCCUACUCCCAUUCCCAUUAUGUGACGAUGCUCCGGUAUGCAUGGGAGGGGGACUGCACCUUGCAUUGCCUCAGGUGUGUCUUCACACCCCCCCACACCAGACACCGUGUGCUCAGGGCAGCUUGUAUGGUCUAUGCCACCACAGCCUGUGCCGCUGGUCAGUGGGAACCUGCUCACCCAGGCCCCUCGCUCGAAAAAUGUGACUAUUUAUUUUUGCAGGGAGCCUCUUUCCAAGGCUGUGAUUAUUGGUGUCAAACAAUAAAUGGGGCAUUUGUGUGUA